AUGCAGCAUCUGGACCUUUUUGGAGAAGGGGUGCAGGCGUGGACGUCUCUCGGCACACUCAUGCCUCCUUCUUCGCUUCUACAAGCCACCCCUCCAAUAUUGACCGAGUCUGAGUACCUCUCCGCCACCCCUUUUCUCGAUCACGUUGCAUGGCAUGAUAGGGCCAAAGAUAAAACCAUGCGUGCCUUGUCUGGGAAGCUCCAUCGAUGCCCACUGCGUUGUCGACCACCGAAAUGGAUGGACAGCAUUCGAGCCGGAGAGACAUUCGCACGAGACAAGAACAAGACCACGUCAUUUCCCUCAGAACCUGCGGAGUCCAUGGGAAUUGAAUAG